CCGCCCAUAGUUCUACCCAAAUCUCAUAAGUUUUCCCCUAAAAAGCCUCAAAUUUCUUCCAUGAACCAAAGAGUGAACCAGGAGUGGAACCCCUCUGAAGUAGAGGGGGCAAGAUCAAUCAUUGAUUUUCUUAACAACUACUACAACAAUGAUGGCACCAACCAUGACAAGAACAAGAAGCAUGCUAUCGUGGCCAACCUCCAGGGACGGUUCCCUAGGAAGACCAUGCAACAGGUAACAAGCUUAUAUGAUGAUCUUGUUGUGGAGAUGAAUAUCUUGAAGUGCCCAGAGAAGGAGUACGAUGGUACUAAUAGUUUCCAUGGUGUCAAUUACACCGUGGAUGGCCUCAUGAAUAAGAACUUUGGAUUGCAAGAGGAGGUUGACAUGGAAGGAAUGGGUCUUCUUUUUGGUCAUCCAUUAGAGACUAUGCCAACCAUGGAGAUACAAGAAGAGGUGCCGAUAGUGGAGGAGAACAAGGUUGAGUUGGAGAAUAAGAUGUGCAUCCAUCAACCAGUGAUUGCAGCACAUGCCAAGGGGUAUUGGACCACAGAGGAACACAGGCUCUUUCUCCGUGGGUUGCAUGUAUGUGGUCGUGGAAAAUGGAAGGACAUAUCAAAGUACUUCGUCACUAGUAGGACGCCGGCCCAGAUUUCGAGCCAUGCACAGAAGUACUUCAUGAAGCUACAAAAAGAAGGGUCAGGAAUCCAACGCUACAGCAUCAACAACGUGGAGCUCGAUGCUGCUGACCCAUGGAAAAUGGAUAAUAGCUUUAACUUUUGGCAAGCACUCGCCUUGCAAUCUACAAUUGGUGCUAGUGACCAAAAUCCUACUCUUGAUGUGCAAACUCCUUUGGGUCCAUUCGUGACCAUGAACAAUACAUUCUAGUUUGGAGUUGUCUUUCUUGAAUAAAAGGAGUUAGUAUUCAGUAUGGUGUGAGAAUUAUAUGAUGUUGUCGUCGCAGUAGGGGCCAGUGAACUUUGUUCGAACUAGUAUACAAGUAUUACUUAAAGUUCCCUCAAAGCAUUGUAU